AAUGGCGGUUCCUAAAUGUAGCUUCCAUGAAACAAUGAGGAAGUUCAUGAAGUAGCGUUCAAACUUUUAAUUAGGGCAAUAACUUCAUGCCUGUGCCACUCCAUCGACUGCUCCAUUAACGUCUCUCUUUUGCUCCAGACAUGUGACAUGAGAGUGCUUCCACACAAGUGUAAGGCCAUUUUUUCUAUUUAAUGGGAAUUGGAAGUUUUGAAGGCCCCCAGUACAAAACAUUGCGUAAAAAUAAUAUUGCUCAUUGUCAUCCCUGUUAACAAGAGUUGACAUAAUUACUAGGGCCAUUUCUUCUCUAAUUAGCACACUUCCAGGGACAUUGGCGCGAACGGUCCGGGAGAAAAGGGAAUCAGACAGGCAUGCUGAACGGCAAACAAAGAACGUUCUGGCGAGCGUAAUUAGGUGAGACAGUGGCCAGGACUGUUCUCGGCUGGAGAUGUCGUAGAUGCUGCGGUUGGCGAGUAUUUGCUCAUGCUCCCACCAAUUCUUAGGGGUGCGCCUCUCCCCCAGUGUCUAAUAAGCCCCUAAUUGUCUUUCUGAGUCACAUAGAACAAGGAAGCUGCUGAUUUAAACCCUGCAAAGCUACUGGUGUCUGAUCUCACUCUGGAGGCCCCAGAUUUGCCCCUCUUUUUUUAACUGUCUAAACAAGCUUUUUAUUGCAAGUUUAAAGUGAAGUAAGCUUGCAAAUGCUCUGGCAAGCAACUUUAACUUCUGGCAAAUAGUCUUGCAUACUAGCUGAAUGGAGGUAUGUUUUUCUCUGUCCUGUUGUUGAUCUUUUACUAAAGGCCCUUAUAUACAUCAAGCGAAAUCGAAGAACAAACUGCUGUGACGUCAUUUCAAAAUCAAGCCGUUUAAGUUCGUUUGAAGCUUGUUUCAGAAGUUCAAAAAUAUUUGCAAACUUGCGAGAGCAUAUCGCUUCACUAUGAUCAGAUUCUUUACCAACUGCUGUUUUCUCACCGCUGUCAUUUUUGCUGUGCUUGUUUUGUUAUUGAGACAAAAGCAUACAGCGCAUAUUUACAUAUUCAUCUAAACGCAACUCCAAGCAGCGUGGCAUUGGGAUGUUGGCUAACAGUAUACCGCUGUUCAGGUAUUUCAAACUUCGUGGGGCCUUAAAGCCGGCAUGAAACUGAAGUUGCAAUGAUCUUUUCUUCCUGUUGUAACAUAUAUCCCAAUGAAACUGCUUCUCAAACAAGAAACAGUGUACGGCUGUACUUGAUUUUGUCCAUCGGGAAUUUGGAUCAUUGUGUCUGACAUAGAAGUUGUCCCGCACUCACGCCGAAAAACGCAUCAUCAGAGAAGAGAAGAGAUGUCAUUUCAAAGGGGAGGGGACAUUAUUUUGAUUAAAGAUUAUGAGGGCACAUGAUUUUUUUAAAGAAAUCAUUUAUGUGGAUAAAUAAUUUAUGAUAAAUACUGCAAUAUUCCAUAAAAAUCAAAAUUGAUUUCAUGUUGACUUUAAGUCUACAGUCAUAGACUUUAUGAAGUUUGACAGAACUUUGCACUCGUUGGUUUUGUACAAUUGCGUCUGUUACACUUUGUUGCCCUCAUACAUUGUGACAGUAGUGAUGUACAAUGACUGUUGUGAAUGGACCAGCCAGUAAACUGACAUCACGGAAGUUGCGGUUCACAUAAUGGCACCCGCCAGUAGUCUCUGCCUGUCAAAGAGGUCCUGUCCAGACAUCCUCCUUAAGUUGAGGGUCAUUCCCCACAGAGGGGCUGUCUCCAGGACGAGGGGAAGAAAAGAGAAACACCAGAGCAGCCAUAAACAACCCGUUGCCCUGACCUCGACGGGCCUUGCUGCCCUAACAAACGUCAAUCCGAUGUGCCCUCAGGCCUUUAAUUAGCUGUCAAUUAGUGCAAAUUAAUCAACUCCUCGCCUAAUUAAGCAAUACCGGCAGGCAGCUUCCAAACACGCUAUUGUGGGAGCUGUAUGAGAAAACUGGAGCUAGCAAACUCGCUCUGCAUCAGGGGGUCAUCGCACCCUUGGCGUGGUUCAUGAGGGGAAUAACUCUACAGUUUCCAUUUUUUUUCCACCUACUCAGCACAAGGUGUUUGCCAUUAUCAGACUGCUGUCCUCAGUAUCUGCUCUGAAAAUCCUUAGUCUCAGGAAAAGGAGUUUCCCAGUAGCCUUAGCAGUAACUUUAAAAAGCCUCACAGGCAUUUCAGUUUAAUUCAAGACAGGAUUUUAAGUUUCUAAAUUAAUUUGUACUUUGAUUUUGCUUUCAUUAAAGGAAUAUUCCAGGUUCAAUACAAGUUAAACUCAGUCAACAGCCUUCGUGUCAUAACAAAAAUCAAGGUUACAGUGAGGUGCAUACAAUGGAAGCAAAUGAGACCAAUUUUUGGAAGAUAUAAAAAUGGAAAUGUGAACCUUAUUUUAUAAAAUCACCUACAUUAAUUCUUCAGGUAAAACUUGUGUGUUAUUUGAGCUGUAAAGUUGUCUUGUCAUUUUUGUUGCUUUAGGGUUUAUGGCAUUGUGUUGUCAUGGCAAAAAGGCUGUAAAAUUGGGUGUAACUUUAACCCCACACUAAAAUUCAUAUUGUUUACUUUUUCUUUUUUUUUUUUUUUCUGUACUUUUGAAACAGUGAGUAUUUUAAUGUGUACAGAUUGGCCCCAUUAAUAUCCAUUGUAAACAUCAAGUUUUGCUAUUUUUUUAAAGAAAAGGAGGGAAGAGAAAUUUUAAUUAGCAUUAUGCAAGUGCUGCUGAUAGAGCUUAAAGACACAAUAUGUAAAUUUUCACUGCUAGAGGCCGCUUAUUCAAAACAAAGGCGUAGCUUGAUGACGCCUUAAUUUCGCGGAAUCAUGGAAGGUGUUGUCUUUACGUCUACAGUCGGUGGAAAAGAAUCGGGAUGGGACUCGGGCAGAAAUCAUGUUCAUGGAUGAGAUUAUUAAUGUUACUGUAGUAUGAAGCAGAGCAGGACCCGAGUGCUGCUGGAGAGAUUGCUAAUGAGAGACAGCGAGAGCAGCAGAACUUUUAUUAUGCCACAGUCACCGCUUCCGUUUCUUCCGGUCACAGGGUAACGCAGCGCUGUUUUAUCAUGUUAGAUACAUUUGCGUGUUGAAAGUUAUUAUAGUGCAACUCUGCGUUUCGCUUGACGGCUACUACGAGACACUUACUGCACACUGCUGUAAUCUAGAUCUAUAUUAGGCAUGGUAAAACAUGGUACUCGCAGUAAAUCAAGAAAACGAGAUUUAAACAACAAGACUUACUGUGUUGAGCUAUAUAACAUGAUUAGUUUUCUGUCAAUAAAUGUAUUCAUCCAAACAGUUGCUCAUCUGUCUAAUAAAACAUGUAAUAUAUUAAAGCAUCUUUGGUGUUUCCAUGGUUUCUACAAAAUAAAACCGGAAACCGAGGGUAACUCAGACAUGAUGUCAUUGAUAGGUGAUGCAUGGACACAGUCCGUGUCCUGGUUAAAAUGGCUUAUUUGUCUGGAUUUAAACAUUCUUGGAAACAUUUGGGAUAAUGUAAGUAUACAAGUCAACAAAAUAUAUAACACUGUUCUAGUGGUUUUUGGAUAUUUUAAUUAAAAAAAAGUUUGUUUUUGGUCCUUUUUUUAUGUUUUUGAAAGAAGCCCACCAAAGCUGAAUUUAUUUAAAAAAAAAUACAAUAAUGUAAACAGUAAUAUUUUGAAAUAUUAUUACAAUUUAAAAUAAUUAUAUAUAUUUUAAAAAAUUCAUAGCGGUCUAAUAAUCCUUUAGAAAACAUUCUAAUAUGCUGAUUUCCUUCUCAGGAAUAAUUUCUUAUUAUUAUCAAUGCUGAAAACAGUUGUGCUGCUUAAUGUUUUUGUGGAAACCGUGAUACAUGUUUUCCAGGAUUCUUUAAUGAAUAGAAAGUUGAAAUAGAAAUCUUUUGUAAUUGCUGUCCCUUUUGAUCUAUUUAAUGUGUCUUUGCUGAAUAAAAGUAUUAAUUUCUCUCUCUAAAAAAAAAAAAAAAAAGCCAAACUUUUGAGCUUUAGUGUAUAAAACAGAAAUGAUGACUUAACUGUAUUGCAUGUAUUAAUAUAUUUUCACAAUGAUUGCCCCAUGAAAACUUAAAACUAACAAGCUCAGAUAUGUCAUAGAAGCAGCAUAAGUCUUUUCAGGCACAGUAUUGAUUGUUUCAGCUGACUGAAUUAUUGUAAUAAUGGACAUUUUAAUAAGAUUAAUACUGAAUAAUAUCAAGUAUAAUAUCAGCAAGGAUUUGGAUGAAGGGGUUCUUAAGUGGGUCUUUGGGUGUGCGGUUUAAAGACACUCCUCUAUGCUUCAGACUGUGUGUGCUUGGUGUACAAAAACAAAAUGCAACAUUAAAAACAAUUCAUCACUUCCAAUACAUUGCAAAUACAGAAUUAUGACCAGAAGAGCACAAGUGAUUCUUCAUUUAGAUUGCCUGGCAUGAGAAGAUCAAGCACCAUGCAGCAAUCUGUGUAGGGGACGGACUAAUGCAAUACAAUGUCCCUAAUACAGCCCCAUUCCAAAGCUCAUUACCUUGCGGUGACCUUCCAGCAGCUUCCAAGUUCUUCGUAAAGACAAAUAGCUGUCAAGCAUUUCAAUAUAAGAGAGGUCUUUAUUUGUAUGCAUCACAUCGUGCUGUAAUUGUUACAAGUUUGGACAAACUCUCAUUUUAGCAGCUUUGAAAAAGUACACAAGGGGUUGUGUCCCAUUUUGCACAGAGGUCAAGGCAACGGUGUAAUUUACCAUACAUCUGUUUGACUAACGCAAUCGUUUUUUCAGUAUCUCCACCACUAGCUUUGUGUUUGUAUGAUGGAGAUGGCAGAUUUCACUUAAAAUAAGUAGGCAAUAGACAUGAGCCCACAAGAGACCAAAUAUUCAGAGAAAGAGGGACAACAUUUUUUUUUUUUUUUUUUUUGCAACAGCUGUUUGCCUUUUAAUCUGCCACCAUCAGAUCUUCCAGUCUUUGAUAGGCCACCCAAUCUACACGAAUGACUGAACUAAAUCUUUCCUUAAUCUACAGCCUUAUUAGUUUGUCCUCUUAUGCAUGUAAAUCAGGAUGCAGUCAUUUUCAUAUGUAGAUGGAUUAUUAAAAGCCGUGGAGGGAGAGGGGUUUUUUUCUUUCUAGCUCACAAUAAACAACAAAGCCCGGCACAGAUUACAGCAGAAGCUGUGGCUACGAGAGGGCAGGAAGCAGUUUGUAAUUGACAGGCUGCUUUGACAGAGCGCGAGUCUUGUGAAUAGAUGGGUUUAUCUAGACCGGGUGAUGUGUCAUUAGCAUAUCUUGAUAACAUUGAUUUCUUCAUUACCCUUAAUGAAAUUUCCACUUAAUGGCUUCUAAUUAGUUUCAACUGGUGCUCAUGUAAUUGCAGCUGUAAUAUUUCGCUCAGCGGAGAGGAGUUUAAUGCUUUGAUACUACACGGAAACUAUUGCGUGAAGUUUCAUUCUCUUGCACUUACUUACGUGUUUGUUUCUCAAUGUGUCUACAUUUGCAGAUCGCUCAUUUGCAGUAUUCCUAUAUGUGAUUAAACUUUACUUUUGUGUGGCUGCCAGUUUUGAUGAUCAUCUCAUGUAAUUGCCAUGGAGCCAGGCCAACAAAGAAUUAGCAUGGAUGGCUAAUUGAAUAAUGUCCCAUAAGGCCACAAAAUCACAUGGCUUUUCUGUAUUUUUAAGCUGAUAAACAGUUCAAACAGGAUUACAGUGCACCUUUAUUAGUAAAAUUCAGGGCAUGGUUAUUAUCAGGCCACUUCGUCAUGAUAAAACAUCUCAAGUGUUCAGUGUAGCUAUUAAUAAUUAGCCAGAAAAACAACAGAUCAGGCGCUGUCUCUCGGGAGCGCGCGCUCGGACGCUUCCCUAGUGUGUCUCUGACGCCACGCGUCUGACGUUCUGCUGGUGUCGUAUGAAUCAUGACGUUUAUUUAUGCAUCAGCACAUGGCACUUUGAUAAGAUUGGUGUUAUCUCUGUCUCCAUCAACGGCUCGCUGCUCAUUUCCAUAAAUUAUCUCCCAGUAAUUAUCUGUCCAGAUGUCCAAAUUGUGCCACAAAUUAUCUGCAAAACGAAUCAAAAUCCCACUGUAAUUUAGUAAUAGCUGAUUAGACCUCGGUGUAUUAAAGAAACUUGGAUGUAAUUAGAAUAAGCUAUAUUUUGCAGUCUGUUCAGAUGGGUACAACUAUGUUUUAUAUGCAACAGUUCUGAAAGUAUAUAGAAUAAUGGAAGAUGUCCAAAUUUACCUGGAUUUUUCCCCACUAAAUACCCUUAAAAACUUCUUUGAAUUUAUCUUUAUAUAAGCAUAUAUUUUUGUGGACAUAAUAUUGGACACCCACUUUCCUGCUGGUCUUCAGCUUACAAUUGACUAAAUAUAAAUUUCAUAUAAUUCAGCUAUGUCAUGCAUUAUAUUAAGCUGAUUUCUCUGAAUUUCUUAUCAUGAAACUUUUAGAGUUACUGAUGUGAUUAUGACCUUUGUUUCUGUAAGUGCAUGAGGUGCACACUUGUUUUUAUUUGGUAUUCAAAGAUGAAGAUGAGGAAAUGAUAAAUUGCAUCUUUUCUAUUAUGAAAAUGUUUUCAAUCUCAAAGUCAGUUUACAUUUAUUUAUUUAUUUUUGAAAAACGCCUCAUUAAAAAGCUGAAUUACUUGAAAAAUGAAUUGCUUACCGUGAUCUUUUACUAGAUACUAUUUCUUAAAAAUGCAAUUUCGUCUCAAAAUUCAGUGUCAUUCCCAAACAUGCAGGAAGCCAUGUUGUCAUGUGAUAAGAAUAUAAUAUUCUACUUCAAGUUUAAAGAUGUUUUGCUAAUUUGCAUGACCCAUUUAUGUUCUCUAUUGUUUGGAUCCUUGAACCUAUGAUCGAAACCUUUUAUUUGAAACUCAAAAGGGAUUUGGAAUAUUUAGCGAUUUACAGGAAUUAUAAAUCCUCGCACGUUCGCCUGAAAUCUUCAAUAUACGCAACAAGAGUUCUUUAAACUAAACUAAGCAAUCUAUCUCAACUGGACACAUUCGAUCUUAUAUUAAAUUAUCUAUAGUUUUAUGAGAUGUAUUAUUCAAUGAAAUAACUAUUUUGUCAAAUUUGCUUGUUUUUGUAAUAGUGAAUAAUUUCAUUCAUUAUACUAUUUGAUUUGGUGUCAGUUGAUGCUGCCUUACAACAAUUAUUGUAAUGUUUCUGAUCGGUCUGUCAUUGCUGACGACAUUAGUCUUACAUGUGUGCUAGCCUAUAGGCUGUGCGUUUCCGUUGUCCAGGUGUCCUUUUUGUUUCAGACAUUUGUGUAUUCCCUUUAUUUUAUCAUCUAGACACGUAAAACAGAUUCCAUUAAUAAUAGACAUAACACGUCUAAAAUGUUGAAGCAAACAGAAAAUUUGAUUAUUGACUUUAUUAUUAUUAUUAUAUUAGUCAAAUUACGACUGAAUUUAUUUCAAAAUAUAAUUUCGAAGUGAUCUCAUUUUAUUUUCUAAUUUUGGUUAAAUGCCUGAUUAACACAUAAUUGCAAGAAAAAUGUGAUGUGAAUGAAAUGAUAUCAUGCAUGACAAACAGGGAGAGCAGCAUCCUGUAUCCUCUGGAAUUCUAAAUCACUUACUCGCCGCUGAUUGGCUGUUGAGUUUUGACCCUUGUUGGGAUGGACCUGUUGGAUAAAAGGAGAAUUUCUAGAGGGAUCAUGCGUAUUGCACCGUGGAUGCCUGUGCACAAGGGACCGACUCGUAUGUGAAGAAGGGAAUAGUCUCAGAGGCACCAUGACAGGAAAGGAUGGGGCUGUUUUGUCGGAAAGUUUGAACAAAUCAAAAUCAGUGUGUGCCGCUGAGAACGGGGGAAAUAACAAUCCACAUCUGUCAAAGAGCACCACCACACAUCCGCCCAAAUGCACGGGCUUCGGCAUCCAGGAGAUCCUGGGACUAAAUAAAGAGCCGUCCUCGGCUCCGCGGAGCACACUGGACUCGUUCCCUGCCGGGGCGCACCUUCUAGCCAGCAGGUCGAUGCUCGGUCCAGCUGGUGUUGGUGUUGGGGUCGGGGUCGGGAUGGGCUUAAUUGGCCCUGGAGGUAUUCCAUCGUUCUACAGCCAGCCCGCGUUUCUUGAGGUGCUGUCAGACGCGCAGAACGUCCAUCUACAGCCGCUCAACAGGACAGUGGGCCCGCUGGAAAAUAACCAAUCUGCCAGCUCAGAUUCAGAGGAUGUCUCUUCAAGUGAAAGGAAAAUAUCAAAGUCUUCACUGAGUCAGAGCAAGAAGAGAAAAAAGAGACGACACAGAACAAUAUUUACAUCUUACCAGCUGGAAGAACUGGAGAAGGCUUUUAACGAGGCUCAUUAUCCGGAUGUGUACGCCAGAGAAAUGCUGGCCAUGAAAACCGAGCUGCCCGAGGACAGAAUACAGGUGUGGUUCCAAAAUCGGAGGGCCAAGUGGAGGAAGCGGGAGAAAUGUUGGGGUCGUAGCAGCGUGAUGGCGGAGUACGGGCUCUACGGUGCAAUGGUGCGUCAUUCCAUCCCGCUGCCUGAGUCCAUACUGAAGUCUGCUAAAGAUGGCAUCAUGGACUCCUGUGCCCCUUGGCUUCUAGUUCAAGAUGGUUUUCCUACCACCAGCUGCUUUUCUAAACACGAAUACCCACCAUUCUUUGCAGGGAUGCACAAGAAGUCCUUGGAGACUGCUGCAGUCCAAUCACAUGAGAAGUCAGAUGUCACUCAGAUGAAACCCACCAAUCCCAAGCCGGAUGAGCCCGAGGCUGAAGAAAGGAGGACAGAGUCACCUAUGUCCAAAGAGGAACUGAGGGAGAACAGUAUUGCUGUUCUCAGGGCAAAAGCACAGGAGCACAGUGCCAAAGUGCUGGGAACAGUUUCCUCUGAGAGACUAGAGCACAAAAUGGAGACGUCGGCGACAGAGGAGAAGUCCAGCGAACAGAUAGAUGCGAAAGAAGAGGAAAAGAGUUCUUAGAUUGUGCAUCUCUUCGUAAUGCCAUAAAAUAGGCUUGGUGUGAAAAUAUCUGGGCUGUUUUCUCUUCCUCAUAUUCCUGCACUGUUUCCAUGAUAACACUGGACUUUUGAUUCUCAAUGUUCCUCUGCAUUUUAUUUCAUUUAGCAAGACCACUUAAAAUUUUCCAGUAUUUUGAUAGUAGCAUCAGUCCAUCAUGCCAGUGACUGAUAAAAUGUUUUUUUUUUUUUUUUUUUUAAUAUAGACCUACAAAAAUUCCAGACAUAAAACUCUUAUGAAUACUGUGUACUGAAUACUGACUGGUAUGUUGCCAGCGUCCUCAUUGCUGUUGGCAGAAUAGCUCAAUUGAAUAAGACUAAAUGUUUGGAUAUUUAUGAUCUAAUUUCAGGAUAAAUUAAUAUUGUCAUUAUCAGAAAAUAAUUGAUCAAGACCUAUGCUUUGAAAUAACAGUAUUCAAUGCUUUUCUUUUUCAUUUUGUACAGAACCCCAUCAAACUCUCUGUGGUUAAAAGUUGUAAUAGAGUGUAUUGCUGUAUAUAUUGUAAAUUAAGAUAGCCUGCUACAGUAUUGUUUGAACUAUACAUCAAUGUACUGUAGUCUUAUUAUGUGCUUUUUUCGUAACAUGUAAAAUGCAAUACAAAUUAUUAAAAAAAAGGAUGAACAAUGCUAACCUGUUUUACAUCAACUGUGUUUUAAAUCAUAAUUAAAAGAGAACAAAUUUUAACAAACUGAA